AUGACGAUCGUAGCAUGCACUUCAUCAGCUGGUGUUGAUGUCAAGGACCCGGCGACCCCCUCGCUCACUGGACGCAAAAUUGACGAUUCGCCCAAAGUCGACAGCAAUUCCCUCCCCGAAGUCGAUUGGCGAGAGAGGUCGUACCCCGAGACUGCAUAUUCUUCAAUUCCCGAGGUCGCGUCGGUCUUGCAGCAGGCAAGGGCCAUUCUGCCAGCGACGGCAGCGAUAUCUCGUGACUCCUGUGCUUCUCUCGGUCACCCAAGACAGGGUACUUACCCUAGGGGCAGCUCAAAACCCUCAUCGCUCGCCCAGACGGCGCCCUCUACCUCCCACGCAGUCGCAUCGUCCUCCAGCGCCCGCCAUCCCUCGCCCACGUCAAGCGUCUACCUCGCGUCUCUGCUCCGCGGCCCAACCCUCCUCAGCAGCGCCGCCCUGCUCCAAGACGACAACGGCACGGCCUGCAGCUCGGCCGUCCCGUACGCGGCCCCGGGCCGUGCGCCCUGCGACCAGGCCUUUGAGCUGAGCGCGGGCUUCGCCUACCGCUGGCGGGGCUGCGGCCAGCUGCCGACCUACGUGGCCUGGGCCGUCGGCGGCGAGGCCGAUGAGACGCGCCUCGGCGUCUGCGGGGAUGUCCCUCCCGCGGCGCGUUGGGACUGCGGCGCCGGGCAGACGCUGGCGGCGGAGUGGCUUUGCGGGCCAGCGACGAUGUGA